CUCGUGCCAUCACACUCGUUUCAACCGUGCCCAUUUUUAUCCCUAUUAUUAUCCCCUCACGCAAAUGGUCUAAACACGGAAUAUUGUUAUGGACAUACGGCCCCAAUCUGCUCCUCCCCGCCCUCCUCCUCCUCCAAAACUCCAGACUUCUUUACCAUUGACGACCGAAGACCUUCAUCGCCGGUCCAAAACAUCGAUUGGAAGUCGUUCACCCCCAGGAGCCCUAGAGCUCGCCGGUCUAUCUCUGUACAGUCGGGUUCGGGCUCUGAUCACGUUAAGCGAUAACGGCUACGAGGACAAUAGCGAGGACGACGGCGACGGAGGAGGUGCAGAUCGGUCAAACGAGAAUCAGCGGACACGGACCCACGGGCUCGCCGGCGCCGCGUCACCCUACUACGUGGAUGGAAGAGACGGGAUUGGGGACAGCGGGGGCACGGGAGCCCUUGACGGCCAGCGAAAAUCCUCAGCCAUGUCCGACGAAAGCGGAGAUCUCCUACCCCGAGAUGACGACAAUAGGUACGAGCCAUCGGAGGAGCUGGACCUCGAGCCAGUUAUUCGAGUAGGAAGUGUUGUCCAGAAGACGGUGGCUAGUUCGAUUGUCAGGGAAUACAGCCCCGCCCUUGGUCGCCCACAUUUCUCGCAUGCGUCCAUUCCUGCGGAUAUUGGACAGACGCAGCUUCCAUUCGGGUUUCCAAUGCGGAAUAAGCACCGAAGUCUGGGGAAAAUGACGCCUUCGCCUGCGGCAUCAGGUGUAAGCGCCGUUGAAGCUCUCGUCGAGUCGUCGGAGGAUGAAGAGGAAGCAGGUGGCGGAGGAGAAGAGCACGAUACGUCGGACGGCGGUGGCACGGGAAAGACACAGCAAACUCCCAGUAAUACGAGAGAUCCGGUCACCAGGGUGUUGUAUGACAGUGGAUCGUCGUCACAUUCUCCGGACCUUUUCGCUCGGCCUCUCCAUGUUGGUUCGCCGGUAAAACGGGAUGCAGAUACACCCGUAAACACCAUCGCCACUCCACCACCUCUCAUCGGAAUCACUGCUGCUACCAGUCCUACCGUAUCACAAGCGUCACCAACUUCUAUGGGAACCUCCGAUCACUUUGGGUCCGACGAGUAUGAGCAUUCUACACACGCAGACAAACCAAACCAAUCAAUUGUUGGGCACACUGGAGCUUCCACUCCGGAGGAGGAGAUUGCACUCGGAACGGCAACCAUUUCUGGUGGAAACGCGAGUUCAUUCGACUAUGAUGAAUACACAGAGCAACGAUAUGGUUCUAAAGCAGUGUCAACCUCUCAUGAGGGAGCUCCUACGAGAAGUCCUUCGGUUCAACACCCCGAAGAUGCCCCCCUUGGGUACAGUGGUAAGUAUUCGACAGACACCUUUGCAGCCCUAUCGUCCUACGAUGACUCGGACCCACACCUUGUGAAGCGCUCCCCGUUAACGCUCCACCAAGCAUACGUGCAAUCCGACCUUUCCAAAGCCGAAUCAAGCGUGGCGGAUCUCAUCCGAGCCAACAUCCACCACUCAUCUCGCAGCAUGAUGGGAUCUACGGAGAACUUGGGUACUCCAAAUUCCGCGCCAUCGUUCACGAGGAUCAUCAGCGACCUGGAAGAGAUGUUGAAUCAGGCACUGGAGAUUGCCGGACGAGCCGUCCAAGGCUCCCACUCGGCGUUGGAUCAGCGCGAUAGGAGCAUACGGAGUGCCAAGGGAAGCACGCAUGAAAGCUUCUUGAGCGUCUUCGAGGGCACAGAUCCCGCCGUGACUGCCCCGGAGUCGAUCUAUGUUCAAGAAGAGAUUGAUUUGCCGGAAGGGAAGAUGCCGGAGCAGAGAGCGGGCCCGGAGCCAGAACAGAUGCGGGAGCAUGCACAGGAGUCUAUGCGCGACUCGGUGAACGACUCGAUGAAGGGCUCGAUGAAGGACUCGACAAGAGAGUCGACGAGAGAGUCCAUGUCGGAACAGAUACCGGUGCAGGUUUCGGGGUUGCCAAUGGAGGUUUCGGAGGAUGUUUCGAGCGAGCUCACGGAAGAUCAGCCCAAACGUUCAAGGACCAAAGUAAUUCAGCAGGACGCCAGUAUUGGAAGCUCAGUAGGUGUGUCUUCGGAAAACUGGGAGCAUUCAAGUCGGAGAACGUCGGAACGCAACGGAAAAGGGCGGUCUCGACAGAAACAUCAUCGCUCUCCUAUUCCAUUCAUCGAUAUGCAGGAGUUUGAGCGGGAAAGAGCAUGGAAUAGCAACCGGCAAAACACUUCUGCUUCCGAGAUGGCUUCAACCAGAGCCAUCAAAGGUUACAGUCGGGAAGAAUCUAUCGAUAUGCAGGAGUCUGAGCGGGAAAGCGCAUGGAAUAGUAACCGGCAGAACACUUCUGCUUCCGAGAUGGCUUCAACCAGAGCCAUAAAAGGAUACAGUCGGGAAGGAUCUAUCGCUAGAGCUUCGGUUCCUGGGAACCUAGAGCAGCAAUUUCGCAUGGAAGUCGGAGAGAAUGGCGAGAUCAUUCUGGUCCGUCUCCCUCGCCCGGACAUGUCACUCGAAUUCGGGCCUCCUAGGCCUGCCGAGGCUGCAGUCGUUUGUGCACCACGAAGAUACAAGGGCGGAUGGGAGUGGAAUCUCUGGAGCAAACGAUUCACAGCUAGCGUUGCCUGUGCGGUGGUGGGGUUAAACGGAUGGAUUAUCGGAAGCUAUUAGGCAGAGCUCCCUAGGAUACAGGAGCACUUACAGAUCACUCCGCGGGUGGCAUCCUUGGGCAAUUCAAUGUUCUUUCUCGGCCUUUUCAUUCCUACUCUGUUCUUUUGGCCGCUGCCCUUACUACACGGACGGAAACCUUAUCUUUUGCUCUCGAUUGCGUUUAUGCUUCCAUUGCAGCUUCCGCAGGCGUUAUCGCUACCG